AUGGGAGACCUCGCACCAGCUCCAGAGAAGCAGAUCAGCGUCGCCAUCGCGGGCGGCGGCAUAGCCGGCCUCGCCCUGGCCGUGGGCCUGAUCAAGCUGCCGCACGUCACGGUCCGCGUCUACGAGUCCGUCCCCGAGUACCGGGACGUCGGCGCGGGUCUCGCCUUGCACCUUAACGCCAUCAAGGCCAUGGCACUCAUCGGCCCGGAGCUGAGGGCUGCCUACUUUGACAAGGCCCUCGUCAUGGCCAGGGACAAGGACACCGAGAUGGCGACGGAGGUUAUCCUGGCCCAGGGCGAGAGUAAGGGCAUGCGCGUUGCCGAGCUGGGUAGGGCGAAGGGCCGGAUGAGUAUCGCGCGGAGUGAUCUGUUGGACGGGUUUUGGGAACUUUUGCCGAAGGAGACGGUGGUAUUUGGAAAAAAGCUGGCCUCUAUCAGCACUGAGGGCGAAGGGCGGGAGCAUGGGAACGGCAAGAUCAAGAUCGGCUUUCAAGACGGCACAACCGCGGAGGCGGAUGUAUUACUUGGUGCCGAUGGGGUACACAGUCCGACGCGCAGCUACCUCCUUGGCGAGGAUCACCCGGCCACGGGCCCGAAGAACCAUGACAACUGGGUCGUGUACCGGACCAUGGUGCCCAUGGACGAGGCGAGGCGCUGCAUCGACGAGAAAUGGUGCGGCCACGGCGUGCCCAUCCUGCUCGGGCCCCGGGGCCACGUGAACAUCAUCCCGCUGAACAAGGGAACACGGCUAAGCGCCGGCGUCGCCGUCCGCGGUGCGUCGAAUCCAGAUCUGGUCACGGCGCCCUCCGCGGCCGCAGCACCGGCGACGGGCGACCGCGAGGCCGGAGGCGAGCAGAAGCGCCUGGAUCCAGAGAACUAUGCGGAUUAUACCGAGGAGGCGCAGAAGAUCAUCAGGAUGAUCGCGAGGGACACGAGCGCCUCGUGGAAACCAGCCGACCACGACCACGCGCCGUGGUACGCGCGCGGCAACGUCGCCAUGGUGGGCGACGCGGCGCACGCCUCGCUGCCGUUCGCGGGCAACGGGGCGGCGCAGGCCCUCGAGGACGCGGCCGUGCUAGUUGCACUCUUCGCGCGCCUGCGCGGCCCGCGGCACGUCGGGUGCGCCCUCAGGGCCUACGACGUCGUGCGCCGCGAGCGGAGCCAGAGGGUCGUCGACCUGGCGAGGAAGUUCGGCAGGGCCUAUGCGUAUGCCGAGGACGGCAUGCACGAGAGCCCGCAGAGGAUGAAGGGCUUCUUCGCGGAGAUGAGCCGGUUCACGAACGAGUUCGAUGUCGAGAAGCAGAACCGCGACGCAGUGGAGCUGUUUGAUAUGCUCGUUUGCCUGGAGGCUAAGAACGAGGGAGACAUGGCAAAUGGUCUCGCAAAUGGCGGCAAUGCGCUACAUGGAUUCAAGGAGAGGGCGAAUGAUAUUGGCAGCUUGACGGAGGCGAGCGGCACCAAUGGUAUAAACGUACACUGA